AUGGGAACUUAUCCUUCACCCGGUCUCAACACUUCCACAAACAUCGCCACACUCCUAUCCGGAUGCGCGUUUCUGUGCUUGGUGGUCUCGAUGCCCAUAUUGUUCACCAUUAUGGGCAACCUCGAGAACGAGUUGACGGUAGCGCGUGAUACCUUCGACGAACUGUCCAAUAUCAUGUGGAAGGACUUGAUGAAUGAGAACGAAAUGCUUCGAAGAACUUCCCGUCAAGCCUACAAGGAUGGACGAGGUCCCAGCGCCGAGGCAGGUGACGAUCUAAGCGGAGAAGCCGCCUAUGGUGGUGAAGCAGCCGCGGGAGCUGGUCCAGAAGGCGCUGGAGGAGGGCAUGGGAAAGCUGCUGCUGCCCCUCACGGUGCAACAGGUGUUUCUGGUGCCGGGGGCGGUCAUGGAGGCGUGGUUGGGCACGGAGCGGCAGGACGUCACAAUUCUGGAGCAGCUAGAGCAGGAGCGCAUGUGUGUCCAGCUGGCCCCAAGGGUCGCAAGGGAGCGCCGGGAGAGAAAGGAGAAGAUGGUGUACCUGGAAUGCCUGGGUCGAAGGGCAGAACUGGACUCUCCGGUCAAGCUAUCGAAGGUGAAGAAUGCCCACCAUGUCCGGCUGGACCGCCUGGUGAGCCUGGAUACAAAGGAAAACGAGGUGGUCGUGGACCAAAGGUACGGAUGCAUGUGUUCAUUAAGGGUGAGAAGGGACCGCCUGGACCACCCGGAGCCGAUGGAAGUAUUGGUGACGAAGGACCAGAUGGCUCAACAGGUCUACCUGGAGAAGGAGGUGCCCAGGGAGAAAGAGGAGCUCCUGGCUUGAACGCACAUGGCACUACAAAGGGACCUCCAGGCCCGAAAGGAGAAAUUGGACCAGCAGGAAUGGAAGGCGACGAAGGAUUGCCAGGAGAGCGCGGAGAUGAUGCUCUGCCAGGACCUCAAGGUCCACCAGGACCAGUGGGAGUCCCUGGGGAAGAAGGCGCCGUUGGUUUCCCAGGACAUCCAGGCAAGCCUGGAAGAAAUGGCGAUGAUGCAGAAUACUGUACUUGUCCGAAACGAAAGGAGAAGGGAUAUGUACUCCCUGAUGAAUCGAGUUAUUCCGCGCCUGAACCAUACAACCCAGUUGAAUCGGCCCCUAGAGGUGCAGGUGCACGUUCGGGUUCGCGCGGAGGUGCUGUCGGAAACAUAGUUGCUACCAAACCAGAUCAUUCUGCAGCCCAUGCGUCAGCGGCAGGGGCAGCCUCAGAGCACCAUGUGGGAGGUGGAGCUGCGACCAAUGGUAAGAAUUACCAAGAGGGCUCACACAGUGCGGAAGGAGGAGCUCCGGUCGCGGGCGAAGGUGCACCAUUGGCAGACGGUGGACCACCAGUCACGGAUGGAGGAGCCAUGCUAGUAACCAGACCGAUUACAAUUGUGGCAGCAUCAAAAGGCGUCGAAGUAGCCGUUGGUGAUUACAAAACAAAGGCUCAGCAACCUGUUGAUAAGAAAACCCUCGCUCGAUCCCUGCGUAGACAAGUUGUGCUGAAGGCGUAA